CCGCGUGGCCCGAGAUGACGUCACCGCGCAUGCGCAGUUUCACUCGAGGUAGUCCCCCACGACGUAGCUGUGACGGCGUCCUUCACACUCUAUACCUUAAUCGACCGUGAUAAAGUUGUUUUCUUCCGGGCGGCAGAGUGAUCUCACACGAUGAAGGUGAGCGUACGGUCGAUCGACUUGGUGUUUGUGACCCUCUUGUGGACAUCGGCUGGAGCCCUCGUGAGCCAGGAGUGCGAGCAGAGUCCAAUCACAGAAUUCAACCUCAACAAGAUGAUCGACUGCGGGCACAACGGCCAGUCCUGGUCCAUCUGGAAGGUUCCGGGAGAGGAGCCCUACUGUCUCGGAGACGUCAUUGACAAGGCCGACGAUGGCAAAUACCUCUGCUACGCCCUCGGUAAACGGAACGGGACGUGUCUGCGGAUAUCGUACCUCUACCAUCCCGACAAGAACGUUAACGGACCUAACUAUUUUGAGAGAGACCUGGGAAGCAACACUCGGAGCAAAUCGCUGAUUUUGGACACCGACAACUGCAAGUACUUGGUACAGCUCGAGUGUUUCCCGGACGGCUCUGUUACCCGCUACGUCACUUACAAGAACACUUGGACCAGCGAGGAAAAAGAGCAGCUCAAGGUCAAGGCGGAGAAUAUCGAACAGCUCCGCUUCCUUCGAGACUACACUUUUAACUGCGUCAAAGACAGGGUGUAAUGGGUCUGUCACGACACCGAAAGGGCAGAUCGCGGCGCUGUGUACGGUAUACAGUAGACUUACCUUAUUGCAACGUUUACCUUCGAGGACAUUUUUUUCAUCUUUUUUUUUUCUUCUUGCUAAUCGAGCAUGGUGGACGAACUCGCAGUUCCUAAAGUCGUCGAGCUCUAUAGCUGUCUUUUGUAGACUUCACGUUUACUAAAAAAAAGAAAAGGUGUAUCUAUUAUAUAUGCGAGUUUCAGUUAAGUGUGUGUGGCGACGAGCGACUCGCAUUUAUUGCGGGAAGCUACACUAAUAUGUCGGUUUUAUCUCGCCAUAUAUAUCCAUAUACUCCGUUUCACUCUCGACUGCUACUUUACGCUACUGGUUUCGUAAAGUUCCCGUUUUGCUGCCUCACAUGAUUUCCGUUGGGCGGCGUCGUUUUCUUUGGAGAUUUCAACGAGAGAAGACGUGUGUUAAAUAAACUCAAAGCCGCGUUCAGAAAGGAUUAUGCGCGUGUCUUCUUUAUUACGUAUGUACUCUCGUCU